AUGGCCGCGGUCGCCGUCCUCCGCAACGACUCGCUUCAGGCUUUCCUCCAGGACCGCACCCCCAGCGCCUCCCCGGACGUGGCCAAGCACUCGCCGCUGGCCCUGCUGGCCGCCACCUGCAGCCGCAUCGGACAGCCGGGCGCCGCGCCCGCCGAUUUCCUGCCGGUGCCCUACGAGCCGACGCUCGGAUCUCCCUCCAGGAUCUUCCACCCUUGGGGCGGCGAGAUGCCCGCGCACUCCCCGGGGGGGCUGCCGCCGCCGCACCCCAGCCUGGGGCUGACCCCGCAGAAGAGCCACCUGCAGCCGUCCUUCGGGGGGGGGGACGAGGUGCCCCCCACGCCUCCCGCCGACCCCUCCUACCCCUACGAGUUCUCCCCCGUCAAGAUGCUGCCCUCCUCCAUGGCCGCGCUGCCGUCUGCCUGCCCCCCCGCCUACGUCCCGUACGCCGCCCAGGCCGCGCUGCCGCCCGGCUACUCCAACCUGCUGCCGCCCGCGCAGCCCUGCCGCCAGCUCUCUCCCAACCCGCCGCCCGAGGACCUGCCCUGGUGGAGCAUCCCGCAAGCCGCCGCCCCUCCUGGCUGCGCCCACCGCUUCCCCGCCGCCGCCGCGCUGCCGCGGGGCCUGGUGCUGGGCCACUCGGACUUCGCGCAGUACCAGACACAGAUCGCCGCCCUGCUGCAGACCAAGUCUCCCCUGGCGGCCACGGCCAGGAGGUGCCGCCGCUGCCGCUGCCCCAACUGCCAGGCGGCCGCCGGCAGCGCGCCGGAGGCGGAGCCGGGCAAGAAGAAGCAGCACGUCUGCCACAUCCCGGGCUGCGGCAAGGUGUACGGCAAGACCUCGCACCUGAAGGCGCACCUGCGCUGGCACACGGGCGAGCGGCCCUUCGUCUGCAACUGGCUCUUCUGCGGGAAGAGCUUCACCCGCUCCGACGAGCUGCAGCGGCACCUGCGGACUCACACGGGCGAGAAGCGCUUCGUCUGCCCCGAGUGCGGGAAGCGUUUCAUGCGCAGCGACCACCUGGCCAAGCACGUCAAGACGCACCAGAACAAGAAGCUGAAGGCGGCGGCCGACGCCGUCAAGCGGGAGGACGGCCGCGACCUGUGA